AUGGAAGUUGUCAAUGCCUACAGAGGCAAGAAGCGUAUGGAGGCUCCACCCCACAUCUUCUCCGUCUCUGACAACGCUUAUCAGUUCAUGCUUACUGACAGGGAGAACCAGUCUGUCUUGAUCACUGGAGAAUCUGGUGCUGGAAAGACUGUGAACACCAAGCGUGUCAUUCAGGCCUCUGUGGAAGAAGUCUUGUCCAAACAGAGUGGAUUUUCUCAUGAAACUUUCCACAUCAGAAGGAAUGAGGAAAAGAACAGGCAGCCUCCUCAGCACCUGUCACUGCUCGAGGAAGAAAUAUCAGCGACAUCUUUGUUUGGCACCAAAGGUCAUCUCUACUAA